CGGCUACGAUAAGUUCAAUCGUUCCGUAACCACCGAAUAACUAACCCUCGGCCCCAAUUUGACACAUUCCCUCCCGGCACAAAAUAACGACUAGAGGCGGAGGCAUCGGACAGCAGCCUAAAAUGACGGCUACUGUGGUGGUUUUUGACUUUGACCGGACGUUAAUAGACGGAGAUAGCGACAGAUGGGUUGUGACGGAGAUGGGCCUCCUCGACCUCUUCAAUCAACUUCGAUCGACCUUGCCUUGGAAUUCCCUUAUGGAUAGGAUGAUGAAGGAGCUUCAUUCACAAGGGAAGACUGCUGAUGACAUUGCAGAAUGCUUGAAAAAAACUCCGGUAAAUCCAAGAACUGCUGCUGCCAUUAAAUCCGCCUAUGCACUUGGAUGCGAUUUGAGGAUACUUAGCGAUGCAAAUCAGUUUUUCAUAGAGAAAAUUUUGGAGCAUCAUGGUCUGUUGGGUUGCUUUUCAAAGAUCUAUACAAACCCAAGCUUUGUGGAAGAAGGAAGGCUCAGGAUCUUUCCUUAUCAUGACUCUGCCGUAUCUCCACAUGGCUGCAGUCUAUGUCCAACUAAUUUGUGCAAGGGUAUAGUACUUGACCAAAUCCGUGCUUCUGGUCCAGAGAGAGGCAGCCAGAAUUUUAUCUACCUGGGAGAUGGAUCAGGUGAUUACUGCCCAACUCUGAAGCUCCGAGACAGUGAUUAUGUAAUGCCAAGGAAGAACUACCCUUUAUGGAACCGUAUAUUUAGUGACCGAGCUUCUGUCAAAGCAGAAGUUCAUGAAUGGAGCAAUGGUGAAGAGCUCGAAAGAAUCUUGCUCCACCUCAUUAACAGAAUAUCUUCCGAAUAAAAGCAUUUUCCACCAUUUUUUCUCUCAAUGGAACUUAUUUGAUAGCAAGCUCCACAUCUCGAUGUCUUCAUCUGAACCCUUCAACCAUGGAGGUGCUGGUAUUGCUUCUAAUCUUACAAUGCAGGCAUAUUUUGGGGAUCUGUUCUGAUUCAGUCCUUUAUCUUUUAUUCCUAAAUUCUGAUAAUAUUGUUUCAAUGACAUGUUUCUAUCAAGAAUCUGUUUGGGAAUAUAUCAUGGACUAGAUAUUGAUAAUAUUUUCCUGGAAAUUUAUGAUAUUGUAGGCUCUCA